CAUACCCUAAUACACUGGACAAACACAGCAGCAUUUUCAUAAAACAUCAAUGUGAUUUACAAAUAUGGCAGAUUCUACAUUUUGGAUCAUAGCCAUUGACUUUGGUACAGCUUACAGUGGAUAUUGCUACUGUGUUAGAUCGAAGCCUGAUGCGAUUAGAUGUCCUGUUUGGGGGGAGGAACAUGGACAAAGCACCCUAAAGACUCCAACUUGCAUUCUGUUUGAUGAACAAGGAAAUUUCCGGCAUUUUGGCUAUGAUGCUUUGAUGACAUACAAAAUGAAUCCCCAAAGCAAGGACAGCUUCUUUCAGAAUUUCAAAAUGGACCUUUACAAUAAGACAAUCAGCAGGCACAUGGUGAUCACUGCUUCCAAUCAGAUGCCCAUGUCGGCCAUGAAGGUGUUCUCAGAAAGUCUGCGUUAUUUAAAAGGACAUGCCCUGGAAAUGGUUGCUCAUCACACAAGUGGGAAAAAAUUCAUUGCCUCUGAUGUGACUUGGGUUUUGACUGUGCCAGCAAUCUGGGAUCCAGCUGCCAAACAGUUUAUGAGAGAAGCAGCCACUAAGGCAGGCCUGGUGACAGAGACAAAUUCAUCACACCUGAUCAUCAGUCUGGAACCAGAAGCAGCAUCUGCAUGGUGCAAACAGCUACCAAGUAAAGGAUUUAUAGCUGAGGGACUUCAAGAUACACUGGAGCAAAAACCUGGAACACAGUACAUUGUUGUUGACUGUGGAGGUGGAACCGUUGACAUCGCAGUGCACAAGGUUUUGGAAGGUGGAUUCCUAAAAGAAAUACAUAAAGCCUCUGGAGGUGAUGUAGGUGGGAGUAAUGUUGAUAACAAGUUUAAAUCUUUCCUCAGAGACAUCUUUAACUACACACUGUGGGAUCAAUAUGAAGCAGAUUACCCAAGUGAGCUGCAGAAAAUGAUGUUUGAUUUCACUAGGUAUAAGUGUGUAAAAAACAAUAGGGAUGUUUUCAUUCCUUGUCCAUACAGCUUAUCGAAGUUGGCAGAGGAGACGAAAGCAAUGCAUGAGUACUUCAAAGACGUGGAGGGUGUGUCUUGGUCUGAGGGUUCAUUUAAAGUGACUUAUUCAAAGCUUAAAACUUUCUACAAAGACAGCCUAAAACAAAUAACAAAGUUGAUUAAAGAAAUUUUUGCCACUCCAGAGAUUAACAUCAACAUCCUGUUCUUAGUUGGUGGCUAUGCAUCUAGUGAGAUUUUGCAGGAAAAGAUAAAAAGGCAAUUUUCCCAACGGUGCAAAAUUGUGUGCCCUGUGGAUGCUCAUCUUGCUGUGGCAAAGGGGGCAGUUCGGAUAGGAGAAAAUCCCAGGAUAAUAUCUUCACGGGUUAGUGCACUGACAUAUGGCAUCUCAGAAGCCAGGACAUUUGAUCCUUCAGUGCAUAAAGAGGAGAAGCGCAGAGAAAACAAUGCAAAAGAUUAUGUUUACUGCACUGAUCUUUUCCACAGAUUCAUCCAGAAAGAUGAGGCAGUUCAUUAUGAUGAUGAGAGAGAGUAUGAGUUCUCACCAAUAAAUGUUGAUCAGAUUAGCAUGACCUUUAGGAUCUUCUCCACAGAAGCACCUGAUGCAACCUAUAUAGAUGACCCUGGAAUGAAAGAGAUUGGCUCUUUCUCAGUCAGCAUGCCUGACAUAAGUGCGGGCCGAAAUCGCAGGGUGAAAUUUCAAAUGAGGUUUGGUUUAACAGAAUUGCAAGCCAAAGCCACAGACUUAACAUCUAAGGAAACUAACAAGGUACAUCUUGAUUUUUUGACCAAGUAAAACUCUCUGGAAGACUAGCUGAGAAAAUUAGAUCAUUGUUUAGAUAUGUUCAUGGCAUUGUAUCUCUGUUGUGUUCAUGUCAUAUUACACAAGUAAUAGACUUAAAACCUUUUUUGUUCAUGUGUUGAAGUGAUAAAUUCUGUAUUAAUUUCUUCACAUUAGUCAUGCACAAUCUCUGCCUGUCUCUCUCUCUCUCUCUCUCACUCACUCACUCUCUCUCACACACACACACACUGACCCUCACUGAAUAUCUGAUUCUGAUGAUUCUCUAGAAAGCAUUACCUUUGUAUUCUGUAUGAUCUGUGGGGUAAUAUAAUUUGUAUGUGGGGUGGCAUAUUUUGUGCGAGAAUAUGUGCUGUGCAGAUGGGAACUCUUUACCUAUAAGCAAGAUUUCUUUACAGAAUAUGUUACUUUCAUUAUGUUUUCAUAAUGUCUUAAAUGUAAAAAUGCCUGAUUGUUUUCUUCAUCGGAUGUUGUUCUCUCCAUGUUGAUACAUGUAUACCAAUCAGAAUGAUUGGCUAUUGCAAGAUGGUUCCUGCAAUAAACGUUGAUGCU